AAGUGAACUGUCAACAUUGGUCAACAUGAAAAUUGUGUUUCGUAAUUGUUCUCGUUGAUAAUUCCAGUCGUGCUGAUUAAAAAAACGGCGAUAAAAGUGAAAAAUGACGUAGGAUCGUUAAAAUUUAUCGGGGCGAUGUUACGAUUUCGGAUAUCUCGUUCAUGACGAAAAGAAUUUUAAGAUAACGCGGUCACUGUCGUGAAUACUUUUUUUCUUCCUUUCAACCACCUUCGAUUGUGACAUUUUCAAAAAUGGCACUACAGGAUGAGGAAAACACUUGGGUGCUGGAAUUGGAAGCAGCUCUCUUGGACGCAGAAUCACCUUCUGCUUCUGAUAUAUACGCAAUUUGUAAAGGACAGCCAGUCCCUCCAAAUUUAAGACCGGAUGUUUGGCAAGCAUGUUUAGAUGUCACAGAUCGUGGCAACCAGUUGAUACAUUUUAACGAGGUUUUUGAUCUUCCGGAUCAAAAUGUUAUAAGAGAAGAUUGUCAACAACUCGUAUCUAAACUCGGAAACGACGAUGAGGACAAAGUUUCGGUCGUCUCCGACAUUGAGUCAAUUUUGACAUUUUAUUGUAAAAACCGAGGCAAAAAAUACGAGAGAAAUAAUGGAUGGCUUGAAUUACUCGAGCCAUUGAUAGCAUUGAAACUUCCCAGGUCUGCAACCUACAAUUUAUUUGAGGCUAUCAGAGAUAUUUAUAUUCCCAGGGGCGAUAUACACAGUUCAGUUUUGAGAUUGUUGCUCUUAUAUCACGAACCAGAAUUAUGUUCCUUUUUGGAUACGAAAAGAGUUUCGCCCGAUCAGUACACAAAAGGAUGGAUAAGUACUUUAUUCGCUGGUGUUUGCUCCUUGCCGGCAGUUUCAACAAUGUGGGAUCUAUACUUCAUGCAGGCGGAUCCAUUUUUUAUGAUGUUUCUUUCGUUAAUUAUGGUCAUAAAUGCCAGAGAACAAAUUCUGAGCAUGAAGGACGAGGAGAAGGAAAGUAUCGUGAACACUUUAGCGGCAAUGCCUUGUGCUCUGGAGGCUGACGACGUGACAGAUUUUUGCUCUCUGGCGCAAUAUUAUGCCAUGAAGACACCUGCGUCCUUCAAACAAGAUUUGUACUGCAUAAUGUUUGGCGAGGGCGGAGAUGAAAAGUUGAUCACUCACGCACUCUGUUUGCCUGUCGCUGCCCAGGAAUUGGUCGAAAAUACCGUUGAGGCGUCGACGCCAAACGGUUCCGUCGAUUCCGUCAGGUUUUUCCUGGUUGACUGCAGGCCUGCGGAACAAUACAACGCGGGACAUCUGCCCACUGCCUUUCACUUGGACUGCAAUCUGAUGUUGCAAGAACCGGCGGCAUUUGCGACAGCAGUUCAGGGAUUGUUGCAAGCACAACGUCAGGCUUUAGCAGUUGGUUCUAAUGCAGGUGGAGAACAUCUCUGUUUUCUGGGAAGCGGCCGGCAAGAAGAAGAUCGAUACACUCACAUGGUGGUUGCUUCUUUUUUACAAAAACACACUCAGUACGUCAGCAUGGUUGCUAAUGGAUAUCAAGCAAUUCACGAAUACUUUGGUGACGAGGUCGUCUCUAAUCUCGUCGAUCACAAUUCUCAGCACUGUCUUGUUUGCAACGCCAAUAUGUCAGACUCAAAUUCGAACGAGGCGAGUCCUGCUAAAGUAAGGAACAAUAAUUCCGAUCUUUUUGGAAAAAUUGGCCAGGCAAUGAGGCUAAAAAGUCAAGAAGUCAAGGGUAAAAUUUUCGAUUAUAUCGUGAAUCCUUCGGCGAGUACGAAUAGUAAUUCGGAGAAGAAAAUUUUGAAGGAUGGCGAAAUCGUCAAACGUUUUCACAACGCUGGACCUGUAUUUAGUAUCGAUGAUGAUCAAGAUCUCGAUAUGGCUUUGAUGAAUCACGAAAGUGAAGAACCUGUUGAAGUAGUUUCCAUACAGCAGUGGCUGAAAGAUCCGAGCUUGUUACAUUCCUUUAAGUGCCAAGAAGUGAAAGUCAACGGAUACGUUUACGAAAGUCAACUCCUUGUCACUGAAAGUCACCUGAUAGUCCUCCGUGAGAUUCCAGGACGAAAAGGUGCAGCACACGUUAUAGUGAAACGUCCUCUCUCCAGUAUCGUAAAAAUAACGUCCCGAAAACGCCAUCCCGAUUUGAUUACUUUUAAAUACGGAACGACCGAAUAUAAUGACACUCUGCUCAUUUCGGACAUGGACAGGUUUCUCAUUCCCAAUGCGAGCGAGGCGACAAAAUUGAUUUCACAGCAGAUUUUAAGGCAGCUGAAGGCCGCUAAUGAGGAGAGUGAUAAGUAAUUAAAUUUUGUAAGGGUGAGUGAUGCUGUUUUCGCGCAAUUCGACUCUUUUUUUAGUAAUAUUUCGAUAUUGCCAUUCUGUAAAAAUGAGAAUCUUUUACCCAUUCACCUUGAUAUCACCUCAAUCCGUUUUUUAUUCCCUAGGGCGUAAAAAUCAUACUACCGAUAAAAUACGAGGGCCAAUUAACUUAAGAUUAUUUUGCUGGGAACGGUCGGAUUUGAAAAUUUUAUUCAACGGAAAAGUAUUUAUAUUCUUUCAAUAUCUUAAAACAAACUAAUUUACAUAUAUUUGAAGCCUGCGCAGAAAUAACGUUGUAUCAACCCGUAUUUUGUGUACAUGGAGUUUUAUGCAUAAGAGUUUUUCUAUUAGAAUUUUUGGAAAUUUCAAGAUUGAAUUGGGCCAAUUUGAAUUAAUAAAAAUCAGAAUAAUUAGGCGAAAGAAAAUUUCGAUUUCAUACAAUUUUGAAAACCAUUUUUUUUAUUUUUAAUUCGUACAUUCUAAAUUUAUAAAUUAUUGUGGGAAAAAAGGCUUUCCAAACUCAAAAUUUCAAUAUUCUGGAAUACGUAUGUUGCGUUUAGCUGCAGAUUUAAUUCCGAUAUUUUAAUUUAAUACUUGAUGGCUGCUAGCUGAAAUAUUUUGGGAUAAAGAAUUUUUUAGAAUUUCGGAAAAUAUGUACCGAUUUUGCAGGUUUUAAGGUAUUUUAAAAAAUUUCACUGAAUUUUCUAAGGUUUCGAAAGAUUUCAAUGAUUGUUGGGAUAAUUUUUUUUAUAGAUCUCAAGGUAUUUUCAUAAAUUUUCAAGAUUUCAGGAAAUAUCGCCAGAUUUCAUAGAAAUGCACGGAAUUUAAUAAUAUUUUAGUGGAUUUUAAAGAAUUUAUUCAAGAAAAGUGAAGUAUUUG